AUGGCAGAACAACACAAGCCACAGUAUAAACCGUCUUACCGUAAUGUGCCUAUAAAAAAAACUGAAGAACGUGAUAACAUCGUUGUAGUGGUUGCUAUUGAUUUUGGGACAACGUUCAGCGGAUUCGCGUAUGCGCAUAUUACCGAAAAAGACCUCUCCAAAGUCGUUACAAAUGAUGCUUGGCCUGGAAGUCAAUAUGGAUUUAAGACACAUACUGUUCUUCAGUACGACGACGAACAACAAGUAUUUGAAUGGGGCGAACCAGCUCUGAUGAAAGAGCCGGAACCGAGAAGAAAGAAAGAUAAACGAUCGAAAGAGAAGAGACCAACAGCUCAAUCAGAUCCGAUUGAACUGUUUAAGUUGCAUCUUUCCGUAUUGAAAGAAGAGGAUAAACCAGCUCUUCCCGACGGAAUGACUUAUAGGAUGGUGAUAACAGACUAUUUACGUGAACUACGAAAAUUAAUUAAAGAAACGCUUAUACGGAGAUGGCCCGACGUCCAAUUUCCUGAGCAGGUGCGAUUAAUUAUGUCGUUGCCCGCUGAAUGGGGUCCGGGCACGCCAGGAAUUCUACGAGAAUGUGCAUAUAUGGCUGGGCUUAUUGCAGAUAGACAUACAGAUCAAUUGGAUUUCACAACCGAACCCGAGGCAGCAGCAUUGUACUGCAUCGAAAUACAAAAGCAGUACAAGAUACAACCGGGAGAAACUUAUCUUGUGGUUGACUGCGGUGGCGGUACGGUAGAUCUAACAGCACGAAAGCUACUCAGUGACAAUAAACUUGACGAAGCUACCGUACGCACAGGAGAUUUAUGCGGCAGCACAUUUGUUGACAGGGAAUUUCUCAACUUCCUGGGAGAUGUUCUCGGACACGAUUCAAUCGAAAAAUUGAAAACAAAGCACUACAGACAGAUGCAGUACCUUGUACAUAGGGUUUUCUGUCCGCGCAUUAAAUUUCCAUUCAGUGGUAAACAAGAAGAUUUUCGCCUAGUAGAAUUGGAUAUAGAGCGGGAAUGCGCGGUACUGAAAGAUUAUGUUACAGGUGAAGCUAGAAGGCGAGCAGAGCAGGAUGAUUGGCUGAUAGAGAUCGACUUUGAAUCGGUGAAGAAAAUGUUCGAUCCGGUCAUUGAUCGCAUAAUCGGACUUAUCGAACAUCAAUUGAGGUCUCUUAAUACAAGAUGUUCCGCAAUGUUUCUUGUUGGAGGAUUUAGCGAAUCCAAAUAUUUGGUGAAUAGAGUAAAACAAACGUUCGAUGCGCGGGUUCCGACCAUAGCUGUGCCGCGUUCACCCAUUGCAGCUGUUGUUCGAGGAGCUGUAUGGUAUGGGUUGAAUGUGGAUUACAUCAACGGGCGUAUGCUAAAAUGGACAUUUGGAAUCGAAAUCAAGCCUAUAUUUGAUCCCAAAAAAGAUCCAAGAGACAAAAGGAGGGACGAUAAUCGUAUUUAUAAGUUUGACAAAAUCGUUGAACGUGAUACACUAGUAAAGAUAAACAAGCCGUUUCCGAGAACGUAUUAUCCCGUUAAAACCGAUCAGACCAAACUGGUUUUCCGAAUUUUUUACACCGAUAAAAAAGAUGCAAAGUAUCCGGAUGAACCAGGAAUGAAACUUUUGGGUGAAUUGGAGGUAACGGCGGAAGAUACCGAAAAUGGAUUGAAUAGACCAGUGGAAUUCUCGCUCAGGUUUGGUAACAUGGAAGUUAAAGCUUCUGCCCGUAACAAGAAAACGAACAAAGUAUACAAAACUUCUUUCAAUCUUGUUGUUUGA